AUUAAGGGUAUAAUGUAAAAGUGGAAUAGCUGACUAGCUGAGAACAGAGAGAAUCAAGGGGAAGGAAGCAAACGCCUCCAAUGGCGUGUCGCUCGCUGUUCUUCGCUCUCAGACGAAACAGCAGCUAUAUCUAUCAGCCGCAGCCUUGUUUCCUGAAGGGAGCAUCAAACCUAUCAAGAUUUUCGUCCUCGGGUGCUGUGAACAGUGACGUGGCGAUUGAAGAAGAGACUCAUAGCUCUGUGGCUGAAGACGAUGAUGACCUAAGGAGCAGAAUCAUGAGGUUAAGGCUCCCAAAGCGAAGCGCCACAAAUAUUAUUCAAAAAUGGGUCCUUGAAGGGAAUACAAUUACAGCUUCUGAGCUUCGGGAUAUAUCCAAAGACCUUAGAAGAUCUCAGCGCUACAAACAUGCUCUUGAGAUAUCAGAAUGGAUGGUUGCCCAUGAUGAAUACCAAUUAUCAGACUCUGAUUAUGCAGUCCGCAUAGAUUUGAUGACUAAAGUUUUCGGCAUUGAUGCUGCAGAGCGUUACUUCGAGGGUCUACCUCUUGCUGCAAAGACAACUGAAACUUACACAGCCCUCCUCCAUUCUUAUGCAGGAGCAAAACUGAUUGAAAAGGCUGAAGAACUUUAUCAAAGGAUUAAGGAUUCCAAUCUCUCCUUUGAUGCCCUCACUUACAACGAGUUGAUGACACUUUACGUGUCAGUCGGACAGCUUGAAAAGGUUCCCUUAGUUGUUGAAGAACUGAAACAACAAAAGAUUGCUCCAGAUAUCUUCACCUACAACCUCUGGAUUAGUUCCUGUGCUGCUACUUUUAAUGUUGAUGAAGUUAGAAGGAUUCUUGAUGAAAUGAGUCAUGGUGCUGGUUCUGAUGAAAGUUGGACAAGAUAUUUGAACCUGGCAAAUAUAUAUGUUAAAGUAGGUCAUCUUGAGAAUGCUGCUUCAAACACCCUUGUUGAGGCUGAAAAAAGAAUCUCCCAAAGGCAGUGGAUAACAUAUGACUUCUUAAUCAUUCUUUAUACUGGGUUGGGAAAUAAGGAUAAAAUAGAUCAGAUAUGGAAAUCCUUGAGAAUGACUAACCAGAAAAUGAUUAGCAGGAAUUAUAUUUGUGUUGUUUCUUCAUAUUUGAUGCUUGGGCAUACAAAAGAAGUGGGUGAAGUUAUUGAUCAAUGGAAGCAAUCAACUGCCUCAGAUUUUGAUAUGCUUGCAUGUGAAAGGAUUAUGGCUGCAUUUACAGAUAUUGGGUUAGGUGAAAUUGCCAACAAUUUGAACAUGGUUCUCAUUGACAAGAAUCUCAAUCCCGGAAACAAUUAAUCAGCAGUUCUUUGGCAGUGAAUCUAUCAUGUAGUGUACUUUACAGGGUUUUGAAAGGAAAUUAUGGAUGACUCAAUAAAUAACCUGCAGGAUGACAGUUUUGAACUGUUUUUGUGGAUUUGUAACACUCCAGUGGUUCUAUGUGAGAGCCUUGUAUUUUCCUCAUUUCUCAUUAGAUUAGUUGUAAUGCUGCUGUGGUGGCUAAAUUUAUUCCUACAACUUUUUAUAUAUGCUCUCUUUUCCUUCUUUUUGGCAA